AUGCCAGUUCUCAACAUCUCCAACUUCAACAUUGUUACAGCAUGCCUUGGCGGAUUCGCAUUGGUUUUUGGACUGAUUUCUUAUGUGGUCAAGGAGCAUUGCUACAUGGGUGAAGCCCUCCCUGCUCUAUUAUUUGGACUGAUUUUCAAUAAAGCGAAAUGGGUAAUUCCAGAAGAAUACGGCAACGUCCGUGAAAUCACCCUCGAAUUCUCCCGGCUUGUUCUAGGAAUUCAGCUGGUCCUCGCUGGUGUGCAGCUUCCAGCCAAGUACCUCGUUAAGGAGUGGAGAUCCUUCUUCUUCCUUCUUGUGCCUGUCAUGACCACCAUGUGGGUCGUCACUGCCCUCAUCAUUUGGCUCAUUUUCCCCAACCUCCGAUACUUGGACGCCCUUAUCAUUGGCUCGUGUGUCACCCCUACUGAUCCCGUCCUGUCCAACUCCGUCGUCAAGGGCAAGUUCGCCGAGAAGUAUGUGUCUGAGUCGUUGAGAAACAUCAUUUCGGCGGAGUCCGGUGCUAACGAUGGCUUCGGAUACCCCUUCCUCUUCCUGGCUCUCUACAUUGACAGAUACUCGGGCACGAAGAUUGCCAAGGAGUGGAUCGUCGAGACCAUUCUCUACGAGAUUCUUCUUUCUGUCGCCUACGGUGCCGUGAUCGGAUAUCUCGGCCAAGAGCUUCUUGGUUAUGCCAAGAAGUUCAACUUCGUGGACGAUGAGUCCUUCUUGGUCUUCGUCUUCGCUUUGGGUCUGUUUAUUCUAGGAACUGCAGGCAUGAUUGGAACCGACGACCUACUUGCUGCCUUCAUUGCAGGAAACGCGUUCACUUGGAACGAUUGGUUCCGAGAGGAAACCAAGGACGACACACUCCAACCAACAUUGGAUUUAAUGCUCAAUUUUGCAAUCUUUCUGUGGGUCGGCGUUGUCAUGCCUUGGGGUCAGUUCAACCAGCCCCACCUCAACCUGCCCGUCUGGCGGUUUGUGCUGUGCGGAAUCUGUGUACUGGUUUUCCGACGACUUCCCGCCAUGCUUGUUUUCUACAAAUUCAUUCCAACGAUCAAGAAUAUCAAGGAAGCGCUAUUCGCGGGCUUCUUUGGCCCCAUUGGUAUUGGAGCCAUCUUCUACCUCCACACUGCUCUCAACAAGCUUGAUGAGUUUGUUGAAGAGAAUGAGCAUGGUGAGGCCCACACUUACGACCCUCAUUGGCUCAUUACCGUCAUGUACCCUCUAGUGUACUUCCUCAUUCUGUCGUCGGUUGUUGUCCAUGGUAUUACAAUCCCUGUGAGUAUGCUGGGAAAACAGCUCCCCACCACUCUGUCUCGAACAAUGACCAUGACUCGAAGCUUCUCCAGAAGCCGAUCUGCAAGCCGAGAUCGAACCCCCCGAGACCCCGAGGGCCAUGUCAAGAUCGAUGCCAUCUCCAACCCCACAGACCUUCGACAAAACAUCCAUGUCGUUGAUGAGAGUGGCACCACAGAUGAUAGCCAGGACACUUACACUCGACCUGCUCCCGAGAUUGGAUUUGUUAUCCCUGACCGAAGAGGAGAUCAAGUUUGA